AGGAAUUGGUGCGGCUGAUGAAGCGUAAAGAGAGACUUUGGCUGUGGUCACUAUGCAAGCUCCGGUGAGUGGGUUAGCAGUCCAUGUGGAGGGGGAAAGAGCUAACAAUGACGUUGACUAGAUACGAUUACGACCCAGUGAAUCAUCGAGUUGCUUUUCGGGGCUCUCCAUGUGUACCGACCAGAAUGGCCUGGGAAGUUAAGCAUGCCAUACAUCUUCAGCUCCGAUCGAUCAGCGAAGGGUCAGACACUGCUGCCAGCUUCGCUAAAAACGUGCGGGGGGUCGGUAGCGCAACACAAUUGUUCCCAGUUCCUGGUUAUCCAACCGCGACAAGGUCAAGGCAUGACCCAGAUUUCUCUUUCCUGCAUAUCGUUUCGAGAUCCUCAGGCAUUUCAAAAUACCCAGGAGUCAUUAUGGAAUUUUCAGAAUCGGACAAAACGAACUUAAAUAAGAAGGAUGUAGAACACCUAGCAAGAAAAUACAUCAGAUACUCCAAAGGGGCCGUAAGAGCUGUCGUAUGUGUAGAGAUUACGUACAGCAAGGAUGAGGACGGUAAGAAGGAGAAGGGCAAAGCAGAACUGUCAGUAUGGCGGCCUUAGAUGCAACCAACCAAAAGGGGCUAUAGGCUCGUUGCUAAACCAGACUUGACGGGAAUAGAUAAGGUCUUCCGAGAUGAAUCUGGGAAUCCUA